AUUUGAGCUCCAUUCUUAAUUCUAUUUCUAUAGAAAAAGGUUCUUUUGGAGCACUCCCUCUUUUAAGGCCUUUAGGUGCCUAAUCAGAAUCUACAACAUGGAUGGGAGUGCUCUUUUCUCGAAAGGAUUAUACCGCUCUCUAUUAGUGCUCGUGAUAAUAUAACGCGAGUCUUCUUGACGUAAUUCCGGAAUGGGGGGUGCUUGUUCAUUAAAGAGAGACCAGCAUGAUGAUGAUAACAUUAGUAGAAGAGGUUUCUCAAGUAGAUACUUCAAAUUUGGGAGCUCAAAUUGUCUACAGUCCUUCCUUCUUGAGCGUGUCGUAGAUUGUCAUCCGAGAGGAAACAAUAGUCCGGCUCUCAUGGAAUUAUGCAUUCAUAAAAUACGUAAGGACAUUGACAAAUAUCAAUCAUUCUCAAUGCUGCCAAGGGAUAUAAGCCAGUUGAUAUUCGACAAUUUGGUGUAUUCAAACCGCCUUUCGGAUGAUUGUAUCGAAGCUUUUAGAGAUUGUGCGCUGCAUGAUAUGUGGAUGGGAGAAUAUAAAGGAGUUACAGAUAAUUGGAUGGACGUCGUCUCUUCACAAGGAUCAUCCUUACUGUCUGUAUAUAUUGUUGGUUCUGAGGUCACAGAUUUUGGAUUCAGUCUCCUCCAAAAUUGCUCAAACCUCCAAGCGUUAUCUUUCGAUUGCUGUGACCGUAUUUCUGAACAGGGGAUAAAGCAAGUCAGUGGUUUCUCAAAUUUGACAUAUUUGAGUUUUAGAAAAUGUGUUUCGGUUACUGCUGAAGCAAUGCAAGCUUUAUCCAGCUUAGAUAAAUUGGUUAAGUUGGAUUUCGAGAGGUGUCCACAGAUUCAUGGAGGACUUGUUCAUCUUCAAGGUUUGGCAAAACUUGAAUCUCUCAGUAUAAGAUAUUGUCAGUGCAUUACGGAUUCGGACAUGAAGCCUUUGGCAGGGCUUGCGAGUUUGAAGGAACUUCAGAUUCUGUGUAUCUACGUAACAGAUUAUGGAGUGUCUUAUCUUAGAGGUUUGAACAAACUUGUUGUACUAAAUAUGGAAGGAUCCCAUGUUACUACUUCAUGUUUGGAUACUAUCUCAGAUCUCCCUUCGCUGCAAUCUUUAAAUCUCAGUCGAUGUUGCCUGAGAGAUGAUGGAUGUGAAAAGUUUUCAGCACUUCGCAAUUUGAAGGUGUUGAAUUUGGGAUAUAACCACAUCACGGAUGCAUGUUUGGGCUAUUUGGAAGGUCUGACAAAAUUGGAAGGCCUGAACUUGGACUCUUGUAGGAUUACGGAUGAUGGACUGUCUCAUUUAGCUGGUUUGUCCAAGUUGGAGGAACUCAAUUUCAAAUUCACCUUAGUAACCGACGAUGGUUUGCAAAAGUUAACUGGAUUGACACGUCUCAAGUCACUUAAUCUGGAUGUGCGCCGAAUUACAGAUUCCGGUCUUGCAGUUCUCACAGGUUUUACUGGCUUGACUCACCUGGAUCUCUUUGGAGCUCACAUAACAGAUUCUGGGACAAAGUAUCUGGCAUAUUUCAGAAAUCUGCAGUCGCUUGACCUUUGUGGUGGUGUGUUAACUGAUGCUGGAGUCGAGAACAUAAAGGAUCUUUCUUCCCUGAUGUUUCUGAACCUGUCAAAAAACCGAAAUUUGACGGAUAAGAUCUUGGAACUCUUAUCAGGACUGACAUUAUUGGUAUGUCUAAAUGUCUCAAACUCUUGUAUCACCAAUGAUGGAUUGCAAUAUCUGAAGCCUCUGAAGAAUUUGCGCUCGUUGGACUUGGAAUAUUGCAAUGUGACAGCAUCUGAGAUCAAGAAACUUCAAGCGAAUGCCCUUCCAAAUCUUGUGAGAUAUCGGCCUAAUCAACCGUAGCAUAUAUAGCUCUUUCUUUCCUCGCCGUGCUUUCGAAGGAGAGAUCUUGGCAUUCCUAAUACCGUAGGGUGAGACGGCUUUCAUUGCCCCAGCUUGACAAAUCGCAUCCCCGGACGACGACAUUAGCUAGGUUAAUCAGGUAUGUACAGUAGAUAGACAAUCAUUUGUUUGUCUAAAUAGGCAAAUAACAGCAAGGGGUUAUAUCUGUACAUAAACUUCUCCAGUUUUUGAUUAUCGAAAGUUAGAACACAUCUCUUGAAAGUUUCAGAUAA